UGACAGCAAAUUCCUUCAUUCCGUCGUCGUUGUCUGGUGUCGUUUGGUUUUUUCGUUUGUUUCUGUUCGCUGUUGUCGGUCGCAGGCAGGCAAGAAAAUCGGUGAAAUAUUAACGAUUCGCUCCGUCUGAAAGUGGUGCAGUGUUGGGCAGUUGAUGCGCGAUUCAUCCAACACUUCCGUCGGCGCUGCGUGAUGUAAGCAGUUUGUGUGACAAGAAUAGUUGCUAAACGGAAGCAAAAGUUACACUCGCUACCAGAUGGCAAUGUGAAAUUACCAGCACCUCAAUCUGUCAGAACAAUUACGUAGCGUUAAAAAUGAGUGCCGGAAAUUAGUCCAGAAACGUGGAGCAUCUCCUCCAAUCAAACAAAAGAACAUACAAAAACGGAAAAUUCUCCCUCGCGGGAAGGGAAAAGUGAACCGUUCCAGAACCAUCCGUCGCGCUAUUGCUUCCGCCCCUGCUCUCUCGCACCUCUCAUCAGCCCAUCCAUCUCAGUGCUCUCGUGCGGUGUUCGAGCGUUUGGUGUCCUCUUGGCACAUUGCCAAGGCGGCGGUGUGUUUGGUGGGGUAGCCUAGCAUGGGCAGGUUGUAAUGAGGCCACCACCACACUCUGGGCCCGGGGCAUACGUCAAUCGGAACCGGGCGGCACGGUGAUGGAGCGAAGAUGAACAACCACAUCAUCAUGUCACGGUAGUAGUAGCUGCUAAACGGUGGCCGGUGUGUGUGUGGUACUGGUGAAAGUGUCUAGUCCUUGCUGGAGAACAAAAGAAGCAAAGUGUCGGUGUACGUGUGUGCGUGUUUGUGUUUGUGAAAGUAAUUGAAACCCAUAGCAACCCCCUCCCCCCGGGGCCAAAGCAGUGUGACGCGGCGGCGGUGCAAAGGAAGGAUAAUUGCAGAGUACGACAACGACGCGCGAUAUAUCGGCACGUAAUUACAUUUCCGUGGGCAACGAUUAUCAAUCCCAACCACUGACAAAAUGACGGUCGAUUUCAACGAUUAUUUUUGGGGCGAGAAGAACAACGGCUACGAAGUGCUGUACCAAAACAUGAAGUAUGGCCUAUCGGCGACGAAAGAGCUGGCGGAGUACUUCCGCGAGCGCUCGAACCUGGAGGAGUACAACUCGAAGCUACUGACAAAGCUGGCCAACAAGGCGGGCUCGAGCGGUGGCGGUACUUUUUCCCCUCUCUGGAUCAUCCUCAAGUCAACCACCGAGCGUCUGUCGGAGCUGCACGCCCAGAAGGUGCAGAAGCUGACGGAGCUGGUCAAGAAUGUCACCAAGUACGCGGAAGACCUGCACAAGAAGCAUAAAUCGGUGAAGGAGGAAGAGUCGGGCACGCAGGAUGCGGUGCAGGCAAUGAAGGAAUCGACCGCGGCUGUCGCCAAGGCAAAGGACACCCACAAUGCCCGGCUGCAGGAGGUGGAGAAGGCCCGGAAGGAUAAUUCGGCCAAGGAGAUCGAAAAGUCGGAGGCAAAGCUACGCAAACACCAGGACGACUACAAGGCGCUGGUGGAGAAGCACAACAUAAUCAAGCAGGAGUUUGAGAAGAAAAUGACAAUAACGUGUAGGCGUUUUCAAGAGAUGGAAGAAGCACAUCUGAAACAAAUGAAAGAGUUCCUCUCGUCGUACAUGGACAUAGUGCAGAACAAUUUCGAUUUAGUUGGCCAGGUCCAUUCUGAUUUGAAGCGUCAAUUUCUAGAGUUAACCGUGGACAAGCUAUUGGAACAGUUCGUGCUGAACAAGUACACCGGUCUGGAGAAACCAGAGCUAAUUGAGCUUGAUUUUGAAAGUGGCACCGCGAGCGGUUCCGGUGCGGGUGGCCAUAACAGCGGCCACCAGCUGCUAGUGAACACCUCGGCCCCGCUGCCACCGGGUGGCAGCAUCUCGCCCGCUCCAUCCUCGCUGGCGGGCGGCGGGCUGCUCGAAUCACCGACCCUGUCCGCGACCAGCUCCUCGCAACCGAUCAACAUCGGCACGGCGCCCGGCAAGAAGGAAAGCAGCCACCUGCGGUCCUGGUUUAGCUCCAGCUCGACGGCAGCCGUCCCAACGAACUCACCGGUCAAUCUGUCCACCUCGCCCACGUCCACCUCGAUGGGCGGAGGCGGCGGACGGUGGGGCGAUGGCGGAACGGACCUACCGUCAGCCCAGCAGCAGUCCCAUCCGGCCUCGUUGCGUGCCAUGUCGCCGGUGCCAUCGGUGCUGAACGAAAGUAGCGUGUCCGGAUCCGCACAAAGUACGGGCAAACAGUCAAGUAAACCAUUCUACGGCGAUCUGUUUUCCUUCAAGCAUCAUAGUACCAAUCCCUCCACUAAUCACAAUCAGCCAUACCACCACCCGCCCAACCUAGCCACUAACGGUCACAAUAACGGUGGCAGCGGCAAACAACAAUCGCAACAAUCGCCGCAAAUGAAACAGCAGGAACAGCAACUGCAAGAAUCUUUACAGCAUCCACAGCAACAGCAAGACCAGCAGCAGCAGCCUGCGUCACCUCAGCAACUACCACCACCACAACAACAACAACAACAACAAAAAUCUUCCCGCCGCACUACUUCCCUUCUCAAUCUCUUCAUGUCUAACUCCCAGGGAAGUCGCGAUAGCCGAGAAAGCCGCGAGUCGACCACAAGCAGUGCGGGCGGACGCCGGAACAACAGCAACAUCGCCGGAGGCACCAAUGCGGCGGCAUCGGAAGUCGGUCGAAAUUCGGUCUCCUCCACCGGCGCGACUGUUUCUGCCCCGACCAGCCCGAACGAUCCGGACACUGGAAGCAGCGGGGGCGGCACGGCGGCAGCCAUCGAUGAACGGUCACAGCAGCAGUCCUUUAUCGGACGGAAUCCGUUGCUGCGGGGCUCGAAAUCAGUUUCCGGGUUUCUGCGCAGCCGGCGCGAGAAGGCCAAAUCGAAGAAAGCCAAAAAGAAGAAAGAUUCCACGGAAAACUCCAGUGCCAAAGAUGAAAAUAUUUUGGACGGCGAUAGCAAAGGCGAUACGGCGAAUGCGGACAGCGCCACGAAUCUGCAAACCACUUCCGCGAUCAGUGCUUCGAACGUAGCCCCCACGGCAACGCCCGAAGUGGAUGAGGACGGUUAUAGCAUACAGCCGCGCGAAACCACCUGGGACAGUGCGACGAUCACGGAAAAGAGCAAUAAUUUCUACUCAAGCUCGGACAGUGACAGCGAGGAUGAGCGUGAAGAGAAGAAAAUCCACGUGGAAAUUAAACCGCUUAACAAUGGUGCCGCACCCAUUUCGGCCAGUGUCGAUGAGCUGCGGGCAACGGUGGAAAAUCUUUCGCUAUCACCAAUCGGUAUUCUAACAUCGCAACAGCAGCAGCAGCACCAUCAGCAGCACCAGCUGCACCACCAGCUGCACCAUCAGCAACAGCAGCAGACACAGCCCGCCUCCCAGGCACACGCGCUGCACCACCAGAUGUCGGUCGGGAAUGCGUCGCUCCUGAACAAUAGCAACGCCGCCACGCACCUCACCAGUCCGAAUGCCUCGAAUGCGUCCACGCCGACGACGGUACAUCCGUACGCGCCGCUACAAAGCCCUACCCUGUCGAUGUCAACCAGCUCGAACAAUCGGUAUGCAGAUCUGGGUGACAUAUUUUCGGAGGUGGGUGACAUUAGCAUCUCGGCACCGACUUCCGCGAACCUAACGAAGCUUACCCAGCGACAAAUCCCCACACCGACGUCAGCGGGCGGCAGCAGUAUCGCUAUACCGCGACCACCAUCGCGAAGAUCGGAAGCGGCUGUUGCACGUGAUCGUGUCAGUCCGGCGUCACAGAUUGCUCGUGCCGACAGUGUCGGCAGUUUGGAGUUCCGUAGUCCGAGCGUGGGUAUCGGAUCGUCUCGUGGUCCGUCCCCGCUAACGAUCGGCAUGUCCGAUACGAUUCCAUUGGCUGUUGCAUUCCACGAAAUUAUUCACGCCUAUUUCAAAGGAGCCGACGAGUCCCGGUGUCAGGUGAAAAUGUCGGGCGACAUGAUGAUUUCGUUCCCGGCCGGCAUUGUGAACGUGCUGACGAACAAUCCGAACCCGGCCAAGCUGGGCUUCCGCAUCAAGAAUCUCCAGAACCUCGACAACGUACUGCCGAACAAGCAGCUCAUCACGAUCGAUCGGCUCCAGUCGACCAGCUUCAGCACGACGCUCGAGUUCAACAUGCCAGUAUUAACGGCGACCCUGCGGCGCCAGUCGGAGCAGAACCCGAACGCGCCGCACAUCAACGUGGACAUCCUGAAGUACCAGAUCAAGGCCAAGCCGGGGGCGGCCUCCUGUCCGUUCCAGCUCGUGUCCUACUGGAAGUGCGAACAGCGGCACACGGACAUUAAGAUCGACUACAAGUAUAACUGCCACGCGAUGGCCCAGCCGUCCCCGCUGCUGAACGUUUCCAUCUCGGUGCCGGUCGACGGCGGUGUGAAGAACGUCCAAUCGAAACCUCAUUCGGCUUGGCAAGGCGAAUCGAAUCGGCUGGUGUGGAACUUUACGGACAUAUCGCAGCACUCGGAGAGUGGCGGUGUUGAUACGCUCCGUGCCCGGCUCGAGGUAGGCACGGGACCAUCGACGCCGGCCAUCAUUUCGACCCAGUUCAACUGCGAAGGGACCACGCUUUCCGGCAUUGAGUUUGAGCUGGCCGGCUCGGGAUAUCGGCUAUCGCUUGUAAAGCGACGAUUCGUAUCAGGAAAGUACAUCUGCGAAGGCGAUGGCAUACGGACGGUGAAAACACCUACGCCACCGAACGUGUCCGGUGUCAUGUCACCGAUUCCGUUCGGCAGCAGCAGCAGCAACAGCAGCAAGUCGGCCAAUCCCUCAUCCGGUGGCACCACUGGAUAGUAUCGGUUUUUCUUCUGCUAGAAAAGCAAGUACCACCAUAUCCUUUCCCCCGAACGAGAGCGUGAACUGAAGGUAGAAGUUACCACUGUUACAGUGCUGCUGGGUGCAAAACCGGGACAACACCCCGUCCACAUCAUUUGUCGGCCAUCGGGCAGCGAACGUCUAACCCCCCGAGCGAGCGGCGGUUGCUGUUGCACUAGGGCACGCACUAUACGCAAUACCGGGCGUCGGCUUGUUUGUUGGUAGCGAGUAGUAGGGUGAGUGGAGAGACUUUCCAACCAAAACUAUAGACUAGUGCAAAACAAAUUGUACUGCGUACUCGUACUAAGAGAGAAGGCAAGAGAAUGGUGAUAUGUACCACCCCACACGCGCUCUAUACGGAAGGAGGAAAAGCGAACGUUGAUAGCGUAAGAGAGAGAGGCUAGGAGGAGAUUUCAGAAAUGUUGUUUUUAGUGGAUGAUGAUGAUGGGGGUUCUGCUGUGGCGGGGCAAACCGUGCGGAGCGAAAGAGCUGGAUGUCGGAUAAGCCUGUGUAAAAUGGGUAUGGUGCCUUCCUUCUUUAGUGCAAACCGUCUCGCCGGUCCGUCGGUGAGAGCGUGUGCCUCGGCUUUGCUUAUCCUGCCAGUUCUGUACGUCUAAUUUCUUUCCGCGCUCCUCCUUCCUUAUUAUUAUCCCUUUCGUGUUUUGUUUGUUUGUAGCAACAACUGCUAGUAUUUUCAAAAGGACUGACACCCCGUACGCCAUUCCUGACGCUAGCUUGUUUUGUUUUUUUUUCUUCUUUUCUCUCGAAGAUAUCUACUUGUUAUCCGUUUCUCAGCUGCGUGAGAAUGCUUUAAGUAAUGUAAAUUUCAUGUUAUACCCUCGUAGAAGGCGCUCGCUUACCCACCAAACAACGCAUCACAUAGGGAAGCGAGUGUCCACCUGCGAGUUUAUAUGUGCUAGUGGUAAGCUGAGUGUGGUGUAUGCCGGUGUUUUUUUACGUAUGCUUUCCAACAACAACAGCAAACAAAAGGAAAAAGUAGUUGCGAUGUUAAAUGGAAAUACUCUUAAGAUAACAUCUGCAGUAACAGAGAGUGUUACACACACUUUCACUAUCAGUAGCCCAGAGCAUAUUUGAUUCACUACAGAUAAGUGGCACUGCAUCAGAAUGCUAAGCUUGAAUGUUUAUACUGUUGUUUUAUGCUAUAUGUUAGCAUAUUUUUAAAACAUGUAAACUCUAAUCUAUGUUCGAUGUGUAUCGGGUGUGGAUGCUGUAUAUGCUCCCAUCACUUAGACCUUAGUUAAAAUGCCACACACUCCUCGUUUUCGGUACAAAACACUCACACAUAAACACACACUGCUGUAUUAUUAUUAUCCAGUUUGUGCACUAAGGGCAAAGAAGUAGGUUAAACGAGAUGUAGCGCGUAGCAUGGCAAAAGGAGGGCAAGAAUCUGAACUAAACAACGGACUGUUUCCUAGUAUAUUGAACUCUAACAAGAAAGUGAUCCGAAUGUGUCUGUCCACACACCGACCGAUCCUUAGGCACCCGUUCCUCUUCGUAAAUAAUAAUAAAUAAAAAAAGACUCGGUAACAAUUGUAGGCUAGGAAACGACAAAAACCAACAGGCAUUACACAGACACACCCCCCUCCCCCCCUCCCCUCCUAAAUGCAAAGAAAGCAAACAGUGAAAUACACUUGAAAUCAAUUUUGAACACAAAAUCACUCUUUCCAAAACAUAGGGAUGCAGCAAACAGGACGCAAACAUUUAGCCCAGGUAUCAUUACUAUUAUUAUUAUUAUAUACUGCCUGCAUCGUGCGAAGGAAAAAUAAAAAUUAGGCAAUUAUCAAUCACAAUACA